AUAGUAACUCAAAAAAAAAAAAAAAAAAAAAAAAAAAAAAAUCUCAAUCUUUCUCUUCUUUCUCUCAGAACCAAAACCUUUCCAAUGAUUCUCCUUUCUCCUGCCAUGGUCACCCUGCUUCUCAAAUUCUAAUUUUUCACUCUGCCUAAUUUCUUCAACCCAAAAAAUCUGUAUUUUCAGAUUCAGUAGCUCGUCGGUUCUAUAUUGACCAUAUUUAACGGGUCACUUUGUUUGAAAAGUAAGAAUUCUUGCUUGUUUUCCUUCAUCCUCGUUUCCAAUCUCUAAAAAGUUAGUUAUUUUUCUGUUCACCCAUUUCAAGUUUUUCAUUUUUCGUUUCAAUUUGAGAUACAGAGUUACAAAUUUUCUGUUUUUAUCCUUCUUUUUCCUGCAAGGAAUAGGACUGGCUUUUAGUGUCCUGUUUCCUUGAAUUUUUUUUUUCUCUGUUUCCGAGCACUCUUUUCGAUUUUCCAGGAAAAAGGGAACGAAAAUUUCCAAAAUCAUGGAAAGAAUGAAAGAAAACAACGUUCAUUUCGCAUUCACCGACAGCUUUGAUAUCCGAUCUUCGUUGUCAAAUCUCAUACUAACAAGUGGAACAAACACCUUGGACUCCAUUUUCUCUCAUUGUCCACCUUCAUGUUCCACAACCAAUCCUGUUUCUGAACCUUUGGGUUCCUCUGUUUAUCUCCAUCAGAUAGAUCUUCUCCAGAAGUUCUGCAAUGAAAACAGACCAAACGGUGCGUUUAACCGCUAUUUCCAAACAAACCCACUUCACCAACCAGCUUGCACAACAGCCACUUUCAUAGCUCCAUUGAAGAAGAAGCUUUACAGGGGAGUGAGACAGAGGCAUUGGGGAAAAUGGGUGGCCGAGAUCAGACUUCCUCAGAACAGAAUGAGAGUCUGGUUGGGAACCUACGACACAGCCGAAGCUGCCGCAUAUGCGUACGAUAGAGCGGCUUACAAGCUCCGAGGUGAAUAUGCCCGUUUGAAUUUUCCAAAUCUUAAGGAUCCAAGCAAGUUGGGUUUCGGAGAUUGCAGCAGAUUGAAUGCUCUGAAAAUCGCAGUGGAUGCUAAGAUUCAGGCAAUCUGUCAGAAGGUGAAGAGGGAAAAAGCCAAAAAGAUUGCCAAAAAGAAUGGUUCAGGUUCAGGUUCAGGAGGUGAUAGCAAUGGCAGGGAAGGCCUGGCAGCUACGAAAGUUGAUUCUUCAACCACCACGACCACAACGACUACGACGACAACCACUUCGUCUUCGUCGUCUAUAUCGUUGUCUCCAUUGGUUUUUGGUGACACUUUGGGGUCGGAAUUCUUGUCGCCGGAGGCUUCGGAGGAUGGGUUUUGGAAUUCUAGGAAUUCAACCCCCUCUGUUUCAACAGAGUGUCCUACCAUGGCAGUAGCAGAGGAUUUUGAAUUGGAAGGCUGUUCUCUUGCGAGGAUGCCAUCCUACGAUCCAGAAUUGAUCUGGGAAGUUCUUGCUAACUAGAAGAACAAAACCCACAACCCACCUUCUUCUUCGUUGAAUACGAAUUGAGAGUAGCAAAAUUGUGUUUUUUAUUUUUAUUUUUCUGUUUUUAGUUUAGUUUAGCCUUUUUUUUUUUUUUUUGGGGUGAUGUUAUGCGCCUUUUUGUUUCUAAAAGUAGGGGUUUCGAUCAUAUGUCGCCAUGUUAUGUGCCUUUUUGUUUUUUUAUGAAGGCAAUUAGAGAUUCUACUGUAUGGCUAUUUGCUAUUUAUAUGAAAAGUUUAUUUCAAGUA